AUGUCAACCUCGCCCAUUCACAAUUUCACCAUAACUUCACCGGUCGUUUCAUCCGAAAACACCACCGAUCCUGCCACCUUGUCUCCCAUCUCCCAACAAUCGUCGCUAGCAUCUUUAGAGCAAUACCUCCGUUGCCCAGUGUGCGGAGACUAUUAUGACCUACCAAUGUCGGCCAAGUGCCAACAUACCUUUUGCGCUGGAUGCAUAAAGAGCAAUUUUGAAAAUAAGGUUACAGCACUGGAGUGUCCGGUUUGCGGCCAUGAGUUCACGUCUUUUGCGCAGUUGUGCAAAAAUAGCGUUAUUGAAGAUUUUGUGAGAGAAUACCGAAAAUUAAGGUUGUCAACUGUUCAAUUAUACAAAUUAGGUCUUCAGGUCGAGAACAGAGUACGUGAAGAAGGUGAACAGAAGUUGGUGAUACCACCUGUUGCGGAAAUAAAUUCACGGAUCGAUGAUGUUUCAUCGCAGUCUAUAACACAAGAAUCAGAAUCAGAGGUUCCGAGGAAUUCAUCAAAAUCCACCUUACCUUUGUGUCCUGUGAAAAGGUCGAAUUCAAUCGAUUUAAAGAGAAGCAUGUCGAAUGAUGAGGCGGACGUUCCGGCAAAAAGAAUAAAAGGGGAGGAUAAUGAAAUGACUGUCCAUGGAAAUAAGGGUAACAUUAAUAAUAAACCAAAGUCUGUGUAUGUUAUGCUUAAAGAUAAGAAGCUAAAAGAAAUGUUAAAGGAAGAAGGGCUGCCAGUGACUGGUGGCAGAAGCGAUUGGCAAAAACGACAUGAAUAUUUUAUACACCUUUGGAAUUCAAACGUUGAUGCCACUAAACCUAAGACUAAAGAAGAGUUGAUAAGAGACGUAAAACAAUGGGAAAGGGCGCAACAAAGUGGUGCCGCAAGAACCGCUAGUGAUAUCAAAAGGGCUCUGAAUACGGAUGAGGAAAUAAAAUCUUAUGAUAUCCUUUUGUCCAUUGUCGAGAUGUUUUCCUGUUUUGUUUUUGAUGGUUUGGAGCAUAAAGAGAAACAAGAAAAAUCCUUGAGCGACGAGAAAAGCGAUGACGACGUAGUAAAUGCUUUGUAUGUAGAUGCAUCGGUUUGA